ACGUAUUUCCGGUAAAAUCUCAGUCAGCGUCUUUACUUCCGCAUAGAGCGUUCUAUAGUGAAGAAGUGUACUAACGGCAAAGCUUUAAUAACAUUCACACAGCGAUUUAUAAUAUAGGUAUCUAUAGUAUUAUUUAUAAUAUAGGUAUCUAUAGUAUUAUUUAUAAUAUAGGUAUCUAUAGUAUUACGUUACAUAUUCAAAUAUUUUAGUGAUGGCUUCCAGGAAAUAUAAAUAUAAAUAUCAACGGCGGCAAGACAGUACUUCGGCUGAACAUUGUUGUGUCCCGUUAUGUGAGGCCUCGUCAAAGUUUAAUUCUAUACUGAGUUUCCACACUUUUCCUGUGGACGAAGAAACACGCAGAAAGUGGAUUCACAACAUUCGACGUGAGAGAUUUAACAUCACAUCUCAUACAAGGGUCUGCAGUCGUCACUUUAAAAGUGAUGAUCUGAUUGAGCCCUCGACCCCUAAAGGGCGUCGCUUGCUGCCAAAGGGAGCUGCACCAACCUUAUUCCAGUGGAACGACUACUCCGUGGCUGAACCGAGGCGCUCCGGGGUAUGGCAAAGACGGGACACUCAAGUGGAUGAGGUUCCUGAGCCAAUGAAUGUUCAUUAUCUGGAGCAUGAUUAUUGUUUAGUCCCAGAACCCGGGGCAGUUGAUAAUGCACUGGACAAGACCGAAGAUCUCGAAAAAAAGGUGGACCGACUAAUGAGACAGGUGGAGGAGCUGUCAGUCCGUCAAAGAUUUUGUUUGGGGCGAUUUGCUGCUUCCGACGAUGAUAUAAGGUUCUACACUAGGUUCAUGACUUACAGGCAUUUAAUGAGUUUCUGGAAACUCAUUGAACCUGCAUCCCACAAAAUGAUUCGUGUCACCAGAGCAAGAGCAACUACAAUGAGGAGUGAAGCUGAAACAAGAGACAGUACAUGGGGUCAGUCCCUGCAGCCCAUUGAUGAGUUCUUCCUCUUCAUGAUCCACCUCUCAGUUGGCCAAACACAGCGGGAUCUGUCCCACAGAUUCAACAUUCAUCAGUCUACAGUUAGCCGAAUUAUUACAACCUGGGCCAAUUUUUUGUACACCAUUCUUGGCUCUGUUCGCAUAUGGAUGUCUGAGGAGGAAGUCAAAGCGCAUCUACCCAAUGAGUUCCGGGACUACCCAGACACACAAGUGGUGAUUGACUGCACGGAACUGCGUUGCCAAACUCCAUCCUCUCUCCUGCUUCAAAGUGAAGUCUUCUCCAAUUACAAGUCCCACUGCACGUUCAAGGGUUAA